AAAACCCUAGCAAAACCAAGCUCAAACGUUCGCCCUCUUCAGGCUCGCCCUUCUCUGGGAAGCGGAGCGAAGCGCAGCGCAUCCCGUUCGCGUUAAUCCUCCGUCACGAGACUCACAGCCACCGAACGAUCAAAACCAUUGAGGUUCUUACAUUAGCUUGACGUCUGCCGCUAUGACUCUGCUGGAGCUUAUAACCAAGGCCGGGGGUGGUCACGACUCAACAGAUUCUGAGUCAGAAUGUCCAGUGACCCUGAACCCAGACCAUAUUCUUCAGAAUUUGAAGCCUAAACAAGAAGACGGAGAUCCUCUAUCUCUUGUUUGCCCUGUUACAGGAUGGCAAGUCUCGCAAACUGAUUCCCAACUCAUUGAUUUAGUUGGCAAGUUCUCUAAGAACUUAAAGCAAAAGCUCAAGGACACUAACAAAUUUGACAGGAGUGAGUUUUUUGGAAUUUUGGAACCUUUUCUUGAGAAAGUUCUUCAGAUUGUCGGAAUUUCAGUUGGGGUUUCUCGAAACCAUAGGAAGUAUACAGAGGUUUUGAUUGAGAAUGCGGGUACUCUCGUGGGUAAAGACAUCAUGUCCUUGAUUUUGGAAGCAUGUGUGGCUCUGAAUUUAUGGGAACUGGUGCGAUGCUUGAUUAUUUGUGGGAUUGUCGAUCAUUCAUGCUAUUCGAAAUUGAUAUUCAAUCUAUUGCUGAAGAGGAGGUCGGAUUUGGUUUGUCUUUGCAUUAAGCAUGCCCCGGUUCUUCAUGUAGAUGAGCUGGUUUGCAUCUUGAAGUACUUCCUUUGUCCACCUAAAGAUGCCUUGGAUAGCAUGGUCACUGUGAGGAAAGAAUUGGAAAGCCAGGGCAUGUCAGCUAUUGCGAAGGCAAGUGAUAAGAAUCUUACAGAGAAAGAAUGUGCAGUCGCGAGGGAUGCUGCGAUUCUGCUUAUGGUCGCUCAUGAUGGUUUUACCAUUUCCGAGCUUUGUUUGCAUCAUCUGUUAGCAUGGGCAAACGUCGAUGAAGUGAUGUUGUCGUCUGCCAUAAGCAAAUUGAAUGGAGAAGAGAUGGCAAGUUUGCUCAGUUAUUUGGAGAAGUGGCUGAAGAAGUAUGAAAAGUUUCCUCAAGCAUGCCCUUGUCCACAAGCGUCGUCCAUGUUGGGAUUGUGGGCUUGUGAUCUGGUUCCUAAACUCGAAGAUGUUGUCAGAUGCCUCAGCCUGGUGCUGGACACCAACUUCUCCUCAUUGGUGUUGCAUCCGGAGUUCCACGGACAAUUGACAUCUAUGGACGGCCUCGUGUCUUCUUUGGCUGCCGAAGCAAGACUAUGCUGUUCAUUGGACAAUACUGCUGAGAGUCUGAUGAAUGCAAGUCAAAGUUGCGUGCUGUAGAAUCUGUUAUUAGUUUUGCAUCAUCAAUCAUUUGGUCACAGUGGCAACAAUGAGGGAUCUCCUAGGGUGGAGUCCAGUGAUGUGAGUGUGAUUCAGAUGUAGAAAAAUGGAAAUUGUAUGUUGAGAUUUCUUAGUCAUUAUAAGAUACGUUCUGUGUUUCAAUCUUUCUAGAUA